AUGCAUUUUCAGAAAGACAUCCUAGGAACCACAAGUCAGGAAGCUCUGAAAACCAUGUAUCUUUUACAAAUGGGGGUUGGGUCUCUGGCCAAUGUCAUUCUCUUCUUCCACAAUAUCUCUCCCAUCCUGCUUGGCCACAAGCAGAGGCCCACACAGACAAUUCUCACCCACAUGGCUGUGGCCAAUCUCAUGGUUCUUCUCUCUUCUGGGAUCGCACACACAAUGGCAGCUUUUGUUCUAGGAAACUGCCUGCCAAGUCUUGGCUGUAAAUUUAUAUAUUACCUACAGAAAGUGUCUCGCAGCACCACCCUGUGCUCCACAUGUGUCCUGAGCACCUGUCAGUUCUUCACUCUCAUCCCUGGGAGACCGGAGUGGAUGAUGCUCAGAGGAAGAGCAUCCAGGUUCGCUGGUCCUUCCUCUUGUACCUGCUGGGUAUUCAGUGUCUUAACGUACAUCCAUGUUCCUCUGAAAAUCACUGGUCCACAGGACAUGUACAACUCUACUGAUAAUCGAGGCAGUUGGUUCUGCUCAUCGUCAGGUCCUCAUUUGGGAUUUGGCUACUUGUGGCCCAUCUCUGAUGCCAUGUUUAUUGGCCUCAUGGUCUGGUCCAGUGGCUCCAUGGUGUUUCUCCUGCAAAGACACCUCAAGAGGGUGCAGUAUAUUUACGCAUCCACUGAACACCACAAAUGUCCCCCUGAAGACAGAGCCACCCACACCAUCCUGAUGCUGGUGGUCACCUUUGUCAUCUUUUAUGUGCUGAAUUCUCUUUUUGCUUUCUAUAUCAGUGCCUUCUCUGACUUUCGUCUAUGGUUGCUACAGACCUCUAGUUUCUUGGUUUCAUGUUUUCCCACCAUUUCUCCCUUCUUGCUGCUCCUUAGAGAUCCUAGACCUCCUAGGUUUUGUCCUUGGGUUGUUAGAGAUUAUGCAUAA